AUGAAGAGCCUGGCGAAAUCAGUCUUAGAUCUUGGCGCUCCGUACCUGGGCUGCCAGAUGUUUGUGAAGGUUGCCGGGCUGGCUUGCAUCUAUGUCCUGAGUGACAAAUUGGCACAGUCGCUCGCGUUGCUGGCAGCUCUCUUCACGCUUCUAGAUAUCGUGAUUCGAAUUGCAGCUUCAAGAGAUUGCAAGUUUGCGCUCUCGAAGCACGGUGCGGACCUGCUUCUCUUCCUUCUGUUCUUUCUUGACGGCCUUCUGUGCUUCGACGCUGUAGCGAGGCCAAGCUGUAGAGCCUUGCGUCUGGUCCUGCCCUUCGCCAUUUUGGUGAGCGUUGGAGGGAACAUGAUGCGAUUGACCAGAAAGCCAAAACCUCCAGGCGAUCUUGAAGAAGGUGAGAUGACGGUGGUUGGAGGCGCUGCCGUUGAGUAG